AUUGUGUCUACUCAUUCUGAGUUCAGAAAGUCUGGAGCAAUCGAGGGAUAAAUUGUAAUUGAAUCAACCAAAAACCUGCAGCCCUUCCGUAACGGCAGUAACUAGGCCCCAGAAAAAUCACAAGGUACAUAACAAUUUCGCCAAAAAGACGUUGGAUAUUGGUUUUGGAUUCAUUCUUAGGAGCGUACAGUUUGAAACUCUACUUUACCUUUUCGUGCUCUGUUCUUAGAGCUUUUCGUUACAUAAAUGCGCCUCAGAUAUGGAUUCUGUUAAUACACAUUCAUUACAAGAUAUGCAAAGUUGCAAUAUAUCCAACGAUCAAGGCGUGCCUAUGAGCCAAGGUACAGAUUCAGAUGGUGUCUCCACCCAAAUGGUAGAUAAAUGUCAACGAGUCAAAAUGUGGCAACAAACAAACUAUCUUUCGGAUUCUGGUAUUCAAAGUGCCGUCGGGACACACACACCAAGCAUCAGCAGUAAAAUGGGCAUCGACGAUACUGAGGUGGAUGAUCGUUAUUUUAGUCAAAAGUGUGGUCCUUUACCUCAAUGGUCAUCUACAUUUCCUCUCUCUGUUAACCCAUCAGACUCUUGCUUACUGUCUCCAGCUACCCCUAGUACCAGCAGUAUUUUGGGUGUCGACUCCUUGAGUGAUGUCGGUGGCUCACACUCAGCUAGUAAUGUUGAUUUAAGGGGAAACAAAUUGCCAGAGAUUGAUACUGAUGAAGCUGCUGGAGCCAUCCCAGAACUCGUUAAACUCAUUAAAGAUGAAGAUGACCAGGUCAUUAUUUAUCAGUCAUCAAUGAUGGUUUUCCAACUAAGCAAAUCAGAAGCCAUUGAUGCUCUUAUAAAAUCCAGAGACAUGAUCGACUGCAUAAUAUCUGCACUAGAUCGAACAGAAGAUCCAGAAACAGUGCGUUUUCUUGCUGGCACAUUAUACAAUAUUUCUCAAAUGCAACCAGGCCUCAAGGCAAUAUUUGCUGCUCAAUGUAUCCCAUGUCUUGUGAAACUUCUCAAUUCUCCAGUAGAAUCAGUUUUGUUUUAUGCAAUAACAACAUUGCACAACCUUCUGCUUCACCAAGAAGGGGCCAAGGCUGUUGUAAGGCAGAGUGGAUGUUUGCAGAAAAUGACUGCCUUACUGCGGAAGAAUAACAUCAAAUUCCUGACAAUCUGCACGGACUGUUUACAAAUAUUGGCUUACGGUCAUCAAGAAAGUAAGCUGCAAAUACUAUGCAGCGGGGGACCUGUUGAGCUGGUUCGCAUACUGAAGACUUACCAGUAUGAAAAGUUAUUGUGGACUACGGCCCGAGUACUUAAAGUCCUAAGUGUGUGUGCUUCUAACAAGCCGGCCAUAAUUGUUGCUGGAGGAAUGGAUGCCCUAGCAAAGCACUUGCACAGUUCUAGUCAUCGAUUAGUAUUGAAUUGUCUCUGGGCACUUCGUAAUUUAUCUGAUGCAGCAACAAAAAUGGAUAAUCUCCAGCCCUUGUUGCAUUCAUUGGUACGUCUACUUGAUUGUGGGGACAGUGGUAUGAUUACAUGUGCAGCUGGAAUUCUAUCAAACCUUACGUGUAAUAAUCAUGCAAAUAAAUUUGUUGUUUUCAAGAUGGGUGGUGUAGAAGGGCUUUUACGUGCUGUCAGUCAACCUGUUGUUAAGGAAGAUAUUCUGGAGCCAUGCAUGUGCGCUUUGAGGCACUUGACCAGUCGUCAUGAAGAGGAAGAGACAGCAAGACAUGCUAUAGUCCAUGAACUAAAUGGUUUACCAGUGAUCGCUCGGAUUUUACAUGCAGCCACUGCUGGUAUUUGCCCUGAUCUCGGUCUGGUAUGCCAACAUCCUCAAAAUCCGGUGGUUUCUUGGAUGCUUGUGAAGGCUAUGGUUGGCUUGUUAAGAAAUUUGUCUGUCAAUUUGGACAGUCAUUUCGGAAUGCGAGAGUGUGGACUUGUUACCGGUUUGUUUUUAUUACUUUAUGCUACUCAACACGAGAUAGUGAGGCGUUCUGUUUCUGGCGCUCCUGCUUCUCAUCCAACAUUCUCGACGGUAGUUCAAAGCGUAAGACUCGAAGAGAUCGUGGAAGGAAUUUGCGGGGCACUUCAUAUGUUGGCAAAGGAUCAUGCUACUCGUUCAUAUUUGGCCUUACUAAAGGCUCCGGCUUUGAGUAUAACUCCAAAUAUUCAACCUGGUUCCUCUGGCCUCGCAAUAUUCGUCGAACUUCUUCAUUCACCUCACGAAUCUAUCCAACGCGCUGCAGCUGGCGUUCUCGCUGAGGUUUCACAGGAUCGUGAUGGUCUUGAGGCUCUAGCCACUUUACCUGGUGCAGGCUCUAGGUUUGAUGAGUUGGUUCGGUCUAGAAAUGAAGCUAUCUCAACGUAUGCAUCCGCAGUAGUUAUUCGGCUUGCUGAGGAACGUAGAGGCGUUGGGGGUAAUUCUUACAUCUUUCCAUCGCAUAUAGAAUCAUUGAAUACACCACCUUUACCUAUGGAUACUGGGGAAGUUUAUCAUGUCCCUUCUGUUCAACCUGUCCAACAUUCAACUGGUAGUUCACAUCCUGGCGUGCCUUCAUUUCCUCCUCAUGGGAAUUGGAGCCAUCCUCCUUUGCAAACUCAUUCCCAAGAACAGGGGAACACGUAUGGAGGUUCUUCAAACUCUCUGAUGGCAAUGCUUGGACCACUUCCGUCAGGUUGUAAGAUCACCAUCAAUGUAGAGGUGAGGUUGGAAGAAUUGAGUAGUCAAUGGUUCAUUGUUUGACAGUCGGUAUUUUCACACUCUAGCUACAAUACUGGGUUUCGGUGUAAGUUUCGAAUUCUUGAUUGCUUUGAUAUGUCAUUGUUGACCAUCUGUGAAGUUCAGGACACACGUCCUGUCUUUUUUGGAACUUGUAAAUUGCAUACACUUACACUCUAUUCUAGUAGCGUUGGUAUUUGAGAUUGUAGUUCGUUAGUCACCUCUUCAAACAACAGUUGUUCUCAGUUAGAAGAUGUCUUUUGCGAAUGGAUAUCCUAGUUAUUUGCGCUUGUCACUAUUGGGUUGAGUGAAAGUUGACAAGCAAUAAUAACACAUCGUUAUUAGAGUUAAAAUGUCUUUCAGUAACCAUCCAAUUGAAUAUUAACAGCUUUUAGAACCCUCAGCUGAUAAAACUAGAAGCUAGUUUGCCUCAUUUAUUAUCAUCAAGAUUCUGUCAGACUCAGUUUUAAAGAUGACUUCUGUUUCCACUCGCUUUCGUCAGUGUUUUAGUCAAAUAAACAGCGUUCUUCUCGGCCGAUCACACUACCAUCUCUUUAUGGUGUCUUUGAACGUUUGAGGCUUAUGUACAAUUCUGUUGGUCAUUAAUGUCAAACAUGGGGAAAUAUAUCGCCCAACCUGGCGACCUCUACCCCAUCAAAUCUAAUAUGGACACUCAAAUAGAUCACAUAGCGAUAAACCAUCAAUGCAGGGGAUGGUAGAAAACUGCCGAUCCUUCUGGAACAACUGUGUAGAUUGAUCAAUCACCGGUUCGUGCACAUAUAUGCCUACAACUGGACGGGUCACUACGCCACCAAAUUGAGAACACAGUUUAAAUUUAAGGAAUAUAUGACUGAAUACCUAUCUGAGUAGUACAAUGGCACCCUUUCGUGUCAUAAUGCCCAGUCAGCUGUAGGAACAAUGUUGAAGGCUGUUGGAAACCUAAAACCGUAGGUUAGUAAGUGCCGGGGAACUUUUGCUACUUUAUGUAAACUAAUAGAUUCAAGGAGACUAAUUCUGACAGGCUCAAAAAGUGAGCAGUCAAAGUCACUCAGAUGCCACCUAACUGUAAACUUUAAUGGCCAUGAACAGUGGUGUGUGACAAAAGCCAAAGAGAUGGCGAAGCAAUCAGGAGUAGGUGGUAAGAAAUGAAACACUUAACUUAGCGGGCCCAUGGCUCUGAAAAAUGGGGCUUAAGAGGAAUAAACUUGAAGAAAGCACGCAAGUUUCCGGCACACUUGAGGGUUAUUCACUAUAUAUUCAUCAUUUGACAGGUUACAGAAAACAGGCGUACUUACUGCUGUCUAAAACUUCGCAUUUUUACGACUUGAAGACAUUUGAACGUCUUUUGGAGAGGUGCUGUGACAAUGUCUCAUUGUGAAGGGAGUACCAAGACAGUUUCUUAUACUAAUAGAGGCAUUCUACUCCAUUUCAUUAUUAUUAUUGUUAUAUCCUUUAAUUCCUAGAGGAACAUAGGGCUUCAGCUGCACGUCUCCAUUGCCAACUUUUCCACCCCGCUCCAAGUCCGCCCCCAUGCUUUCAUCUCCUCUUCACAUGACCUCCUCCAAGUCACCCUUGCAUUGACGACCAACUCGCCGCUUCCAUUUCGGGUUCCACUCGAGCAAUGGCUUGUCUGGUGAUGUCACUUGAUGGUUUCCUCAGAGUAUGGCCAAUCCAUCUCCAUUUCUUCCUGCCUAUUUGUUUCACAAUCGGUUCCUGGUUGGUUCGCUCGUUGCCAGAGAUCCCUGUUUCUGAUCUUUUCUGGCCAUCUGAUCUUGAGUAUUGAGCGAAGACAACUGUUAAUAAAGGUCUGAAGUUUGUUUGAGAUGCUCUCUAUGACGCGCCAAGUCUCUGAUCCGUGUAGAGUAGCACUGACUGACUUCACAUUGGAGUUGAAAAUCCGGAUCUUAUUUUUGAUGCUGAGUGUUGUUGACCUCCACACAGACUUGAGAGUAAUGAAGCUUGUCUUGCUUUUCCGAUUCUGGCUUUGAUACCUCGUCAGUUUCGUCCGUAGUUGAAACACUCCAUUUCAUACAACCAUGUAAGAGCUGAUGAAGGGUUGUGUCUGAUGGAACACCGACCACCAAUAUCCACGAAGCAUGCGCAGUAUCGCUAUUUUUACUUAGUUUCGUCAUAGGUGUGGUAAUAAAUGUAAUACUGUUCGAUUUCAGGUGCUCAAGAGCCGGCUACGGGGUGGUGGGUCGGUGGUGUAAAUUGCUUGUCUGAGGCUCUCAGGUUGCUAAGAGUCAUUGAUUGGUUUUUUUUGUUGAAAUGGCUCAAAAUAUUGAGCAGUGACGUAGAUAAAGUAUUAACUCCUUAUUAUUAUCGAGAUUCUGAAACCCCUCAUUAAUCUUCAUGUAACUGCUCUCUUUCACUCUCUUGUAUUUCUUCAGUCAUUAGUGUUUCCUUGCAUUUCUUUCCCAGACUUUUGCAUGUACUUUUUGUGUGUAUGAAAACUUGAACUGAUGGACUUUUGGGUUCUGCGUUGACAACGUAUAGUAAUCAGAUGCGGAUGAGAUUAUCAUCGUUAUUAUUAUUACUUAAAACAAACUUGGUACAUUAUGGGCAUCAAGAAACUCGUACCACGAAAAUAAAACAUUAACGAUUUAUAAAGAAAAUAGGGACGGAAUAACUAGGAAGGUCAUCCAGAGGACAAGGAAUCACCAUCACUCAACAUUCAUCACUUCAUGUUACUUUCAGAAAGGGAAGAUGGCAAGCUCGAAAAAGACACACUGUUUCAAGAAAUCUGUGUUAGAUAUUGCUCUGGACGUCAACAUUUUGAAGACUAUUAACCAACAACUCAAAAGGACAUAGGCAAGUUGAGAUUUCAAACAAAGAUGAAAGACUGACAAAAGUGAAGACACCGGAAGUAGUAAAGUUGGUAAAAAUAAAAUGAAAAGGUCUGUGUAUGCAAAUAAAGUCAACAAAGAACACGUUGCUAAAAAUAUGAUUGUAGUCUGUAACAGUGAGUACUCGAUUAUAAUCUCAUGGAAUUAUUGUCUCGUAGUUUUUGUUCGAGGGCUAGGAUACUUCCUGUGUGUCCAAAUCGAAGCAGAUGGUUGUACUGAGGGGACCACCCUACGAUCCUUUGACUCGAAGCCUGAUAUUCAAAGCAAUAGAGCUGCGUUCAUCACAUGCUUUCCGGUGACCGAAAUUAGUUCAUGCUUGAUUCAAUCCUAUCGGAUUCUGAAGCCCAUGUACACCAUAGGUUUGGAGUUAGGGUUUUUCAGUCUCCGCCUUGGGUAGAUCUGCAUGUUCAGCGUUUUGGUUGUAAGCUCCAGAUGUCAGCAUUCUCCCCUUGACAUUUGUGAGGAAUACCCCUGCCAGCUGAAGGUAAUGAAUAUGAAUUACCGGGCAUGGGCUAUGUACACCUAGCUGCAGUUCUGAUACAGUGUUUAACUUUUAAUAUUUCUUUUUUUCGACUACGGAGUGCGAACGCUCCAGUGACCUUGAACGCAUGCUAGGCAUUGGCUGACGGCACAUGUCACUGUCAUAGCUGAAAUAUCAACGCUGUUCAUCAACUAAGUAGCAAGUUUCAGUCAGAUCACGUUUUUAAGUAAUGUUUGGACAAUGUGUUAAUAGCUCGUUAGGGUUAGGAUCAGGGUCAUAAUUAGCAUUAGAGUUAGGUUUAGGGUUGUGAUUAGGUUUAGUGUUAUGUUUAGGGUUAGGAUUAAGGUUAGAGUUAAGACUAGGGAUAGAUUUAGAGUUGAUGUCAUUUAUUUUAAUUUGUUUUCUUAUCCACAUUUUCCUGGUAAGUUGUCGUCUAUCCUCUUACCGCAAACCAUACUAAUUCAACCGAGGGCUUUUGAGGCUGACUGCACAAUAGGAUAAGAGAGAUAAACGUUUCACAAAAACAGCUCAUCUUCAGUCACCUCGGUGAAUACAUGUACAGAAAGUAGUCUAACUUAGCAACUGAUACUCCUCAUGAUAACUGGGACGUAUCUUUGAGCAAUAUCAGAGAAAGAUACCGUGCUUAAUGUGUUUUCAUAAAUUUUCCUGUAAAUAAACGUCAUUUUUUUCGCAAAAAUUGGUCGACUGAGGGUCACUCAUGCGUUCCCAUCUCUUGGGGCGCUUUUGUUGAACUUUGCCUCGACUAAAUCCUUAUUAUAUGAUUAUUUUUAAUGUCUCCAUUUCAGAUUCCGUGUGCGGUGAUUGUUGCU